AAAGGGCCAUCAUUUACUAGCUAUCCUACACGUGUCGCCUAGAAACUCACAGAGAUUCGAAAUUCAUGCAGCAAACGCGCGCAGGUAAGAAGCAUCAGUUGAUCGAAAAAUCGCAACAAGCAAUCAACGAUCGCCUACAAGAAGGAGGAAAUUGUAUACGGAUCGGAAGUAUUUGCAUGUAGAGAGGUUUGUUCAGUUUGGGUGGCCAUGGAAGCCAAGUUAGUAGAGCGGUUGGAAUCAGUGACGGUCCGUCUGGAGGCGCUGUAUUCCGGCGGAUUCCAGACGUCGAGGUCGCUGGAUGUAGACGGAUAUGCAUCGACGGAUCCGUCGAUAGUUGCAUUCGACGGUCUGAUUUCACAGUACAUCGGGAGGAUUACCAGCGCGGCGGAGAAGAUUGGAGGACAAAUUUUGGAUGCCUCCGCGAUCAUAGAGGAAGCAUUUUCUGUUGAAAAGCAACUUCUGAUCAAAGUCAAGGAAACUCAGACACCCGAUUUGAGAAGUAUGCCGGAAUUUUUGAAGCCCUUGAACUUAAUAAUUAUGAAGGCGUCAUCAAUGACAGAGGGGGGUAAAUCUGAUUUCACCAACCACUGGAAGGCCACAUCUGAAAGUCUAACAGCCCUGGCAUGGAUUGCUUACACAGGAAAAGAGUGCGGUAUGAGCAUGCCCACUGCCCAUGUGGAAGAGAGCUGGCAGACAGCUGAAUUUUACUGCAACAAGAUUCUUGUGGACUAUAAAAACAAUGACCCCAAUCACUUUGAGUGGGCAAAAUCUUUGAAGGAGCUUUAUGUACCUGGCUUGAGAGAUUAUGUGAAAAGUCACUACCCAUUGGGUCCUGUAUGGAAUGCUACAGGGAAGCGUUUUGUAUCUGCACCUGCACCUCCAGCUCCAGCUGCAUCUUCACUUUUCACAUCUGGAUCUCAUCAGUCUUCAUCAACACCAGGAAUGACUGCUGUUUUUGCAGAAAUAAAUUCUGGAAAGCCGGUAACAUCUGGUUUGAGAAAGGUAACAGAUGAUAUGAAAUCAAAGAACCGGGCAGAUAGAACCAGCAUUGUUGGAGAUCGCGGGAAGGAAGGCUCUGCUAAGAAAGCAUUUUCCUCUAAAACAGGAAAUCCAAAACUAGAGCUCCAAAUGGGUCGCAAAUGGGUGGUUGAGUAUCAAAUUGAUGAGAAGAAUUUGGUUAUUGAUGAUUGUGAUCCCAAGCAGUCUGUAUAUGUCUUUGGGUGCAAAGGUUCUGUUCUGCAGAUCCAAGGAAAAGUAAACAACAUAACCAUUGAUAAAUGCAGUAAGAUGGGUGUUUUAUUCACAGAUGUUGUGGCAGCUUUUGAGGUUGUUAAUUGCAGUAGUGUAGAGGUGCAAUGUCAGGGUUAUGCACCAACAAUUUCAGUGGAUAAUACAUCUGAGUGCCAGAUAUACUUGAACAAAAAUUCUUUGGAGACUUCUGUUACAACAGCUAAGUCUAUUGAUGUCAACGUUUCAGUGCCUGCUAAAGAAGGGCUUGAUUCUGAUUGGGAGGAGCAUGCAUUGCCGUAUCAGUUUGCUCAUAUGUACAAGGAUGGACAAUUUGAAACUACUCCUGUCACCCACUCUAGUGGUGGUUAACUGUUAACUGGUGAUAUUAAUUCUCAUUUGACCUCUUAUGAAUUUUCUUUUAUUGUAUUCUUUUUUUUUUUUUCCUCUUCCAAUUUUGAUUUGGGUAAAACGUUUGAUCGAAUUAUUUUAAUUUGUUAUUUAUUUCAAAUACUCUAGCAUAUGAUCUUUCACCCGACAGAUUAUUAUUGAAUGAUCGUCUCGUGAAGAUCUCGUUUUCAUUUCUUUCUUAGAUAUGCAUAAGAAUUAAAAUUUUGUAAUUUUGAUUUUUUCAAUAUAAUUAUACAUUUAUUAGUUUUCA